AGAGACAGUCUCGCGCGAGUUGCAGUGAAAAGCGCCAGAGUUUAGGGAGGUAUUCUUCUGCAAUAUAGCCUUGUGCGUGGCCAGAGGCAUUUGUGAGGCUCUUAGUGGAACUCUUACUUGUGAACAAUGCCCAGAAAUUGUGUGAUUUGUGAGAAAUAAGAGUGAUCGAGAUGGCGGCGCUGAUGACAUUUAGGGUGUUUAUGUGGAAGGCGCUAAAGGAAAAGCUCUUUUCCUGGAAGCUUUUCAUUAUUUUUGUUUACCUCCUACCAUGCCUAGCCAUGGGGUUAAUCCUCUUCACCUCGCACUCAGAGAGAUCCAUUGGAUCUCGCGAAUAUGAUCCAAUAGAUUCGGAAAUUCUGUCCUCCUACUUUCCCGGAGCGGUGGAGGACAGCGUGUGCUUCACGCCAGACACACCUGAAAACAGCCAACUAAUGGAGCGUGUCCGAUUCAAGCUGGGAAUCUUGUAUGAGAGAGUGCAUGGCUUCCCGAGCGUGGAGCAGAUGAAUGCCUUCGUGGAGUCGAACCUCCAGGCGAAGAUCUACGCGGUGAUAUUCCACAGUGGACCAGGAAAUGGCUCCAGAGAGCUCAAUUACACCAUCCGGAACCGAAACAUGGGCGUGUACUUCGACACCAAGCAAUUCUACUUGAAUGACAUCAAGAGAAUCAACAAUCGAGUGACCGAUGAAUACAUCGAGAGCGGCUUUCUGGCGCUGCAGCAGAGCAUUGAUAGCAUUUACAUUGAGCUUAUCACCGGAAGGACAAACUUUGCGGUGGAUGUGGAACAUUUUCCUGCACUCGCGAGGACACAAAUAAGCAACACUCCUGUCGCUGUCUUUGGCAUUCUCUUCGCCAUUCUCCUCUGCAUGACGGCCACCUACACGACUCUGAUUCCCUUGGUGGAGGAGAAAGAGUGUGGCGUCAAUGCACUGCUGAGGAUUGUCACCAAGUACUUUUACUUCAAUGACAUCACCAGAUUCCUCACCAAUGUGCUUCUCUGCACAAUCUUCGUGGCCAUUAUCUUUGUCAUGACGGUUUGGUGCAACUUAUGGGAAACUGUGCAGUUUCAGUAUCCGCUGUUUCUGCUCAUGCUCUUCCUCGUGGCGCUCAUAAGUUACAGCUUCUUCAUCAGCAUUUUCUUCCAAACUGUUGAAUACGCAAAAAUUGGUGGCUUUCUCUUCUACUGCGUGCCAUUCUGCGUCAUUUACUUCUACGCUGACAAUGUCGUCAUCAACAAGCUGGAGUACAUUUUCUGCGGAAGUCUCUUCCUGAAGGGCAUGAUAAUAUUUCAGAACUACGUCGCGACGGGGCAUGUUUUCAAUGCCAACAGUCUCGUGAGAAGUGCAUAUUUGGAAGCUGAGCAGGAUCGCUUCUCAAUGGGAGACAUUUAUGGAUUGCUUCUGCUCAACACGCUCGUCUACUUGGGACUCUACUUCACCCUGGAGAACUUCCAACUGUGCGAAUAUCUCAAAUGCUUCUUCCACGGCGCGAAUUGCUGGGUGAGGCCGAAGGUGAAGCAUGGCAAUAUUCAGCAGCAGUUUGACCUGCAAAAUAUGGGGCGCAGAGAGAGUGAAAAUGCCGUUGAGAUUAGCCACUUGAGUAAGACCUUUUACUCAAUCCGAGGGAAGCACAAAGUGGCGGUGAAUCGAGUGACGCUGGACAUUCCGAAGCGUCAAAUCACGGCGCUUCUGGGCCACAAUGGUGCUGGCAAGACGACGACGAUGUGCAUGAUUAUCGGCACGCUGAGUCGCACGGAUGGGAUGAUAAGUGUGGAAGGACACACGGAUCCGGGAAAGUAUCAGAAGUUCAUUGGCUACUGUCCGCAGAGGAAUGUGUUCAUGAAGUACUUCACGUGUCUGGAGCACGUGAUGUUCUUCGGCAGAUUGCGAGGAUUGACAACGGAGGAGGCGCGCGUGGAGAGUGAGAAGAUCCUGAAUGACGUGAAGCUGCUGCCGAAGGGAAGUUGUCAUCCGAAGAAGUUGUCCGGUGGGAUGAAGAGAAGACUGUGUCUGGCGAUGGGCGUGGUUGGUGAGACGAAAGUCGUGAUUUUGGAUGAGCCAACAUCGGGUCUGGAUCCGGAGAGUCGUCGUGAGAUGUGGGAUGUUCUGCUGGCGAUGCGCAAGGAGCGUUCGGUGCUGAUAACGACACACUACAUGGAAGAGGCGGAUAUUCUCGGUGAUAAGAUUGCCAUCAUGGAGAAUGGCACAAUUGUGUGUCAAGGAACGAGUUUGGAUCUGAAGAAGAAGUACACUUCGGGAUAUAUUCUCAAAGUGAUGGCGGCGAAUGAGAACUUCUCCUCCGAGGACACGGGAAAGUUCGUGGGAAGACACAUAACGGGUGCGAAGAUAAAGUCUUUCAUCAAUCCAACACUGAUCAUUUCCUUGCCGUACAAAGAGCAGGAAAAAUACUCGACAACACUGAAGAAUUUGGAGAUAUCGAAGGAUCGUUUCAGCAUUGAAUCCGUCAGCAUCACGAGUGCCACACUUGAGGAGGUGUUUCUGCAGUGUGCGGACAAGGAGAGGGAGGAUGUUGUAGUGAAUGUGACGCCAGUUGUGCAGGGAAGCGACGAGGUGGACUCCAUUCAGGGCUAUCGUCCGGUGAGUGAAGAGGAAGCGAUUCUCACACAGAGACGAUCGUGUGGCACGAAAUGGCAGCAAAUCUGUGCCAUUGUGUAUAAGAAGAUGAACUACUUGUGGCGCGAUAUCCUUCACUCCACACUGAUGUUUGCCAUUCCCUUCGCAAUGCUGAUCACGUCGUUUAUCCUGAUCCGAUUGACGGUGUCAAUGGCGGAGCAGAAGGAAUUGGUGCUGAACUUUGGCUCUUAUCGAACACCUCAGAUUCACCUCGCCAUCACCAAUGCCAGCAACAGUGACUAUGAACGGAGAUUGCUGGAGACAUUUCAGAGAGUGGCGAGGCAGCAGAAUAUCCAAUUGAUCACGCAGAAGGACAGGAAGAUUGAGGAGAUUCUGAUGUAUCAAGAGUUGUCGGACAGCCUGAAUUACUAUGAGAACAUCGUGGCGGGAAUUGAAGUGUCGAUGGUGAAUGAACAGAUGCUGCGCGUGAAGAUUCUCUUCUCAGGAAAUGCUCUUCACAGUUCUGUAAUGGCGCAGAAUCUCGUGUCCAAUGUCAUGCUGCAAACAAUGCGAGGACACAGUGCGUUCAUUGAGACACGAAGUGCACCGCUGCUGAGGAAGGAUAUGGGCGUCAAUCGGUAUCAUAUGCACAUCUAUGAGAGUCUUGUGCCACUGGGAAUCUUCAUCUACAUUCUCUACUUCAUGGGCGCUCCAUUUACCGAGGAGACGACGGAAUUCAAGUCGCUGCACUGCACAAAUCCCUGUCUUUACUGGAUGACGACGUUUCUCUUCGAUUUGACUCUUCACUCGCUGAUUUGUGUGCUGAUGUAUGUCGUGGCGACACAGUUUGUGGACCGUGGAGGAAUCCUUUCGCCAGAAGUGCACAUGAAAUUGACAGGAAUCUACAUCUUCUACGGCAUGGCGAUGCUUCCGUUUCUCUACAUUCUCACGAAGUACUUCAAGAGUGUGGAGAAUCUGUACACUUUUGUCUCCUAUCAAGCUCUCUUUGCCAUCAUCUUGACACAAUUUCUCUCCACGUCGGAUGACAAGAUCCGCGAAUAUGCUUUGUGGAGUCAAGCUUUUCACAUUCUACCAGAUUUUGCCAUGCGACACACAAUUGCUCUGGUGAUUAUGGCUUUCUUCUCCACGGGAAGCAUGUCACUGUCGCAGGAAAUGAUUGGCAUUGAUGGCAUGAAUACGAUUCCUGUGUCAAAUGACUUUGGGCCGUAUGACAUCACGUUCUACUUCUUCGCCAUGAUGAUCCUCAUGACGAUUUAUCUGGUGUAUCUGAUCAACUUCUGUGAGAACAUCUACUUUGGCCGGAGCUUCGUGAGCUUCUGGAUGAGGUUGAGGAAGAAGAGGGAUCAACAGAAGCCGUCAAAGAGAUCCGUGGACGCUGUGGAUUCACCAGUGCGUGUAAAUGCUGAGGAUCAAGUGGAUGCUGAUGUGAAGAAUGAGGAGUGCGAGACGGAGAAGUGUGAGCAAGAGCAGAAGUUCGAGAAGUUCGCCAUGGUGGUGAGGAAUCUGGAGAAGGAGUAUCCAAAUGGCACAAUAGCUGUGAAGGGAUUGAAUUUCCGUGUGCACAAGGGUGAGUGCUUUGGCCUGCUGGGCAUAAAUGGGGCUGGAAAGACGUCAGCCUUCAAGAUGAUGACACUGAAUGAGAGCAUCACGAGAGGAUCGAUCCACUUGAGUCACAUGAACAGCAUCACACACGCCAAUUCCUACAAAUUCUCCCUCGGCUAUUGUCCUCAGAUUGAUGCUCUGCACACAUCACUCACGGCCGCCGAGACGCUGCGCUACUUCGCCCUGAUGCGUGGCAUCUCUGCCGGCGAGGAGUUGCGCAGUGAGGUGGACGCGUGGCUGAGGCGGGUGGAUCUGGAGGAGUACAGAAAUGUGCAGGUGAAGUACUAUUCGGGUGGCACGAAGAGGAAGUUGAAUACGGCAAUUGCCAUGAUUGGCAGUCCGGAUGUGAUCUUCCUGGAUGAACCGACGACUGGGGUGGAUCCGAUCUCGCGUCGGCGCAUCUGGGAGUGCAUUGGGGAGCUGAAGAGGCGCAAGAAGACCAUCAUUCUCACGUCGCACAGCAUGGAUGAGUGUGAGCAGCUGUGCAACAGGAUUGCCAUCAUGAGCGAUGGUCAUUUGCAGUGCAUUGGACCGACGCAGAAGCUGAAGGAGAAGUUUGGGAAUGGAUUCACGCUGGUGAUGAAGCUGGUCAAAGGCUGUGAUCUCGUGAGUGAUCUCAAGGAGGAGAUUGCCGAGAGAUUUCCCGAGAGUGUGCUGCAAGAGGAUCACGCGGACAUUCUCAAGUAUCACGUGACAAAUCCCAAUGUCUGCUGGUCGGAAGUGUUUGAGAAGCUGGAGGAGAUGCGAGAGAAUUUCCCCAAGACAAUCAGCGAUUAUUCUGUCUCGGAAGUAUCGCUGGAGGACAUUUUCCUGCACUUUGCGCAUCGCAAGGCAUAAUUUAUCUCUCUCUCUGACUAACAUCACACUCCUUCUUGAGAAUCUCUCACACUGAAAUCACAGCGUACCUGACCAAGAUCUGGUUUUUUUUCUCUUUUCUUUUUAUUGUCAUUAAACUUACUGUUAAGAUUUGCAUCCGUCCAAUUUAUAUUGUAUUUUCUUAUAAGUUUAUGUCAUUUAUGUUCCUACCUCUAACUUUUCCUGUACCUUCACUUCAGCAUUUAUCCCCAAUGCGUUCCUUCAAUCCUUUGGAGAUAUUACUUUAACUGCAAGAGACCAAUGAAUUAGAGAUAAGAGAUGGAUUUGAGGUGUGUUUUAUUAAGGUCGGUCAAAGCCCGGGAAAUGAGAAAAAGCUUAAGGAGAAGAAAUCAAGCAAAAUGAUAUGAUUGUAUUUAUCUGAUAUUUAUUUCCGAAACUGCCGUGAAAACCCUGAAAAGUGAAUAAUUACAGGAGGAAAAAUGCACUAAUAACAAUGAGGACUUUAUUUCACACAAGCUUAAACAUAAUAAGACAUGAUAAUCUAAUAAACUAUGAAUGUGUGUAGCAAACUUAUGGAAUUUGUAUGACUGUUCUAGACUUAAUUAAGUGUUAUUUGAAAGAAAUUGGUUGCUUAAAAAAGUCUCCAAAAUGUAGAUUUUUAUUACUUUUCAAUGCAAUUCAUGAACUCUGGCAAUGCAUAUUUUAUUUUGAAGGGAAUUUUCAAUACCAAAAACAAUUUAAAACAUUUUUUAAGGACAUUUUUUUGGGGGAUGAAUGUGAUUUUCGUGUGUGACACAACAUCACGUUUGUAGGCUUUAGUGGUUUUUACUGUAUAACAAACUGUAACUCGUAAUUAUUUUAAUAAACGAACCAUCGAUUCUUAGAGAA